GUGGCUCGAACAGUUUAAAAAUGGCGGACCGAAACCAGGACAGAAACAAGGAUGGAGAGAAGAAAAAGAAAGAGAGUAUCUUUGACCUGUCCAAGUACAUUGAUAAACAAAUUCGAGUGAAGUUCCAGGGAGGACGAGAAGCCAGUGGAGUUCUAAAGGGGUUUGACCCCCUGUUGAACCUGGUGUUGGAUAGCACUAUCGAGUACUUGCGAGAUCCUGAUGACCAGUUCAAACUCACGGAAGACACACGACAGCUGGGUCUGGUGGUAUGUCGAGGGACAUCUGUGGUGCUUAUUUGUCCUCAGGACGGCAUGGAGGCCAUUCCCAACCCCUUCAUCCAGCAGCAGGAUGGAUAGUUGACCAGCCUUGUUCUUCUUGGUUUACCUAACAGUAGCCCAAUCACUGGUGUGAAUUUCAAGUGUAAUUCAGAGAUUCUUAACAUCCUUCACUCUCCCCAUACUGGAGAUCUGAGGGUAGAAACCUUAGAUCUUCUCCACUGUGUUAUGGGAAGGAGAUAAGAUCGGAAGAUGUGAGGGUAAAAGGAAAUAUUGAUAUUCACUCCUUUUCUACUCUCUUCCUUAUCCCAGAGGUUUACAUAAUGUUCACUCCACCAUCACCGCCCCAACAGCCCCACACAUUUGAUUUGCCAUCCUAAAUAUUGAUUUAGAUGGAGUGGUGGGAUAAGCAUGUGUUUUUGUUUAUAAACAAAUGACAGUGAUUUCAAUUGUAUUUUUUUUGUUGAGAUAAGAUUAUCUGACUGCAGGCAAGUUAAAACAGUUUUGCUGUGAUGAUAAACAUAGGAAAUUGUUUUAUUUCUUUUUACUGCUGUUUUCCCAUUCAGGCCAGAAUAAAACAAUGUGGCAUAUUAUGUUUUUACCUUAGAAAAUUAAUAAAUGUACUAUUUUCU